UCUGCUGCUGUCGCUGCUGCACCUAUGAGUCUCCACGUAGAUGAACAGCCUGGGCUCGCGCGCGACAGACGAGCUUGAUUAUGCUGAGAUAAGGACCGUAUGACCUGCUCACGCGCUCCGUCCAACAAUGGCACGCGACGGUGGUUCCCCCGCGGAGGACUUCCCGGACCAGCUGCUGGCCGAAGCGGCUCCCUGCGUGAUGUGCAACAAGAAGUGCCGGGCGGGUCGGAGCACCAGCCUCGUCUUCCUGGGACUGUUCCUGCUGUCGCUGUCCCUGCACGCGCUCACCCUCGUCUGCUACCUGGACCUGCGCUCCGAAGUCAAGAGGGAAAUUACCCACCAGAAGCGGGACUCUGUGGUGUCACGAGCCGGGCGGGAGCUGGCUGACCCGGCGGCGGUGCUGCUGCCGCCGCCCGGACACCCGCGCGUGGACUCCGGCAGAAGCCGCGGCGGAGAGGGUCAUGAGGAGAGGCUACAGUACAGGAAUGGUGACUUCCACGCCACCCAGGACACCAGGGGCAGAACUCAGCGGGCGAAGAGGAGCCCUGGCAAGGAGUCAGAAACAGAAUCCAAUGGCAAAGAGAAAAGGAAAGAGAAGAAAAAAGGAAAGAAGAGGCCUGUGCCAGGGCCUCCUGGUCCCCCGGGUCCUCCAGGCCCACAGGGGCCGCCGGGCAUCCCUGGAAUCCCCGGUAUUCCAGGAAGCAACGUUAUAGGACCUGCAGGACCCCCCGGACCUCCUGGGCCACAGGGACCACCGGGCGCUCAAGGUCCAGCAGGGGUUCCCGAUAAGACAAAGAAAUUCCAGCCGGCAGUGGUUCAUUUACAAGGACAAGAAACAACAAUCCAAGUCCGAGAAGAUCUGUCUCAAGGCGUCCUCAGGAACUGGAAGAUGGUGUCCAUCAACAAAGACGUGUUCAGAAUGAACCCUCGCACCGGGGAGCUGGUGGUGCUGCUGGACGGUGUCUACUUCAUCUAUAGUCAGGUGUACUACCUCAACUUCACGGACAUCGCCAGCUACGACGUGAUGGUGGACUCCAACCCGUUCCUGCGCUGCACGUGCAGCAUCGAGACGGGCCAGCGCAAGUUCAACACCUGCUACACGGCUGGGGUGAGCCUGCUCCGCUCAGGGCAGAAGAUCUCCAUACGCAUCGCGCACGAGUACACGCUCAUAAACAUGACCAACCACACCACCUUCCUGGGCAGCGUCAGGCUCGGAGAGGCUCCAUCUGCUGGACAGAACGGAUAACUGCACGGCCUUCUGAAUGGAUUCAACAGCUGCCACAUCAGUCCAGCUGGCUUUUUGUUCUACGUGGGACCACCGCGUUGAUUAGAAGUAUCUCGCCUCAGUUUAGAGGACGCUCUGGAUUUUUAAGUGGAAGGAGGUGACAUUUGUUCACUUUCACAUGUCUGUAUUAAAAAAAGGACAAAGACUGUUUUGCUUCCUUUUGCUAUGAUUCUCUGCAGACAGAAAGCCUCGGCAAAUCCACAUAUCCCCAUUAAACACAAGUUCCUAUUUAUAGCCCUUUUGUGUCAGCAUCUCUCUUUGUAACAAGAAAGGACGCUGCGCUGACAGUAGUAAUUACACUUCAAGUGCUGUUGAAUGAUAAUCUUGUAUCUCCCAAAAAAAAACAGGCUAUUUUAAAAUGAUUUAUAUUUUUGUGUUUU